AUGGGAAAGUCAACGGCAUGUUUGGGUGGUGCCAUUGUGAUCCUGUGCUGCUGCAUAAACCAUGUCACAUCUGAUGCAACAGAUCAUCGUUACACAGAAGGAGAUUCCGUACCCUUAUAUGCCAACAAGGUGGGACCCUUUCACAAUCCCAGUGAAACAUACCGAUAUUUUGAUCUUCCCUUUUGCUCACCAGCUAAUGUGGAAGAAAAGAAAGAAGAUCUUGGUGAAGUUUUGAAUGGGGAUCGAUUAGUUGUUGCUCCUUACAAACUGGACUUCCAAAUUGAUAGAGAACCUGAGAGUAUCUGCAGAAAGAGGCUGACAAGAGAAGAGGUUGCUCAAUUCAGAGUUGCUGUCUUGAAGGACUAUUUUUUCACAAUGUACUAUGAUGACUUGCCCAUUUGGGGUUUCCUUGGAAAAUUUGACAGUGAAGACAAAGAUGACCCAACUGGGGCCAAAGUCUAUCUUUUUAAGCAUAUCCAUUUUGAGAUCCUAUACAAUAAGGAUCGCAUCAUUGAUGUGUUCAUUAGAAACAAUCCAAAUGCAGUUGUGGACUUGACACAAGAUAGAGAAGUAAAUGUGGAUUUCACAUAUUCUGUCAAAUGGAUUCAAACAGAUAUUCCAUUUGCGAAGAGGCUGGAGAAAUACUCACAGGCAUCCUUACUGUUAAAUCACUUGGAUAUCCAUUGGUUUUCUGUUAUCAACUCAUGUGUGACUGUUAUCCUCUUGACUGGAUUCCUUACCAUAAUUCUCAUGCGUGUACUUAAGAAUGAUUUUGUUAAGUUUACUCCUGAUGAGGAGGCAGUUGAUGACAUGGAGGAGAGUGGAUGGAAGUAUAUUCAUGGUGAUGUGUUCAGGUACCCAAGAUACAAGUCUUUGUUUGCAGCAGCGCUUGGAACAGGCUCCCAGCUAUUUACACUUGCAAUCUUCAUAUUUAUGCUUUCUCUAGUUGGUGUUUUCUAUCCAUACAACAGGGGAGCUCUGUUUACUGCACUGAUUGUCAUAUAUGCGCUAACGUCUGGCAUUGCAGGCUACUCUGCAGUUUCCUUCUAUUACAUGAUUGAAGGAAAAGACUGGGUGAAGAUUUUGGUGUUGACUGGAAGUCUGUUCUCUGGACCUUUGUUGUUGACAUUCUGCUUUCUUAAUACUAUUGCACUUGCCUAUAACUCCACUGCAGCACUGCCAUUUGGAACAAUUGUGGUUAUUUUCCUCAUAUGGACUCUUGUAACCUCACCUUUACUAGUAUUGGGUGGGAUUGCUGGUAAGAAUAGCCGAUCAGAGUUUCAAGCUCCUUGUCGAACCAAAAGUCAUCCUAGGGAGAUUCCCCAACUACCUUGGUACCGUAGAACUCUUGCUCAAAUGGCCAUGGCAGGAUUUUUGCCGUUCAGUGCUAUUUACAUUGAGCUCUACUACAUAUUUUCUAGUCUGUGGGGUCACCAGAUUUACACCAUAUACAGCAUUUUGUUCAUUGUUUUCAUCAUGCUCUUGAUUGUCACUGCUUUUGUCACUGUGGCAUUGACGUACUUUCAGCUUGCUGCUGAGGACCAUAAAUGGUGGUGGAGGUCUUUUCUUUGUGGCGGAUCAACUGGCUUGUUCAUAUAUGGGUACUGCAUGUAUUACUAUCAUGCAAGAUCAGAUAUGUUUGGUUUCAUGCAAACCUCUUUCUUUUUUGGUUAUAUGGCUUGCAUUUGCUAUGGUUUCUUUCUCAUGCUUGGAACUGUAGGUUUCCAUGCUUCUUUAAUAUUUGUCCGUCACAUGUAUCGUUCUAUCAAGUGUGAAUAG